CAGUAUUUCGUUGAUGAAAACAGUCUGUGCCAUGUUAACGGUCGUUGAGGAUCGUUCCUCGCCUAUUGAACGCAAUUAAAAAAUAUAACGAAUAUAUACAAAAGGCGAUUAGUAUAAGUGAAGCGCUGAAAUUCGAGCACAACCGCCAAGCGAGAAAGGGACAGAUAAAGCACGAGGGCAUAGAAACGACUGCUCGGGGAAUUAGAAUAUAUUUAUGCACAAUUUUUGACACGCUUUCGACUCGGGGUGUGCUGAAGACAAAGCAAAUAAGCAAGUAAUAUUUUAAGUAAAAAGUCAUUUGAUGAACAAAGCGAACGGAUCAAAGGUCAAGGAACAAAAUCAACAACAAACACAAUAACAACAUGUCCAGCUGGAGCUUGGCCAGUGCCGUUUCGCCAACGGUCACGGGCGCCGCUGCCGGUGACGUCAUCGGGCUAAACAAUCUCAAAGCCGCCUCCGACAGAGACAUUGCAACAGCGACUGAUAGCAAACAGCAAAAGGUAGCCCGUCCAACCACACCUGUGCCCGUCAAGAAGUUAACCUCGAAGCGGCCGCCACAUUUAACAUUGCACAUUCAACCGCCGCCGCCGCCAACAACAACGACAACAACAACAAGAACAAGAGAAGCUCACGAAGCGCCUCUGGCAGAGGCGGAAAACAUCGCGCUCUCCUGCAGCUCCUCCAUCUUUGGCACACCCCUUGGCUCUGCCGCAGCACUCGGCGGCAUUGCCACACCGGAGAGCCACAAUACAAGCAGCUCCACCAGCCACAGCAGCAACAGCACCGCUGGCUCCAUUUUCCCCCACGAGCAAUAUAAGACAAUCAAGAAAAUUGACAUACAAUUCGAUAAUGUGCAGCAUAGUGCAAAAUUUGGAUUCUUCAAGAGAGAAAACAAAGACAUACUGAAGGGUUUGUCGGGCUACUUUCGUUCCGGCGAACUGAAUGCCAUUGCUGGGCCCUCGGGAGCGGGCAAGAGCACGCUGCUAAACAUACUCUCCGGCUAUACUUACACUGGCUAUACGGGCGAUUUUCGCAUCAAUGGCAAGCGGCGCGAUUUGAAGGCUUUCAAGCCGAAUGUCGCUUUCAUUACGCAGGACACGUCGCUGCAGUCCUUCCUGAGUGUGAAGGAGGCCAUGCAUUUUGCUGCGAAUCUAAAGAUCGGCACACACAUGUCGCCGGCAGCUAAGAAAGAGCGUGUGCUCAGCAUCCUCGUGGCCAUUGGCAUGUACGAGAGUCGAAACACGCACACGGGCAGCCUAAGUGGCGGACAACGCAAACGCCUGGCCAUUGCCCUGGAGCUGGUCAACAAUCCGCCGGUGCUAGUGCUGGAUGAGCCCACCUCUGGUCUGGAUAGCUCGACGUGCAAUCAGCUGAUAACGCUGCUCAAGAAGUUGGCCGUGGAAGGUCGCAAUGUCAUCUUCACUAUUCAUCAGCCCAGCGCCCUAACCUUCUCCAUGUUCGAUCAUCUCUAUGCCAUUGCCGAGGGUCAGUGCAUUUAUGCAGGCGGCGCACAGAAUCUGGUGCCCUUUUUGAGCGCUGUCAAUCUGCACUGUCCGGAGUCAUACAAUCCUGUGGAUUAUUUAAUGGAAAUAGCUACGCACGACUAUGAUGCGGAUGGCGAGCAGCAGGUGGACAGGCUGAUAUCACUCAUGGAUAAUGGACGCAACGAUGAUUAUAGACAAAGCAAAACAGCGCGCGUGGCGCAGUUGGCGACCAUGCGUAAAGUUGAGCAAAUGAUGUCCUCUGGCAUACUGACGCCUGUCACAGCACCCAUUAUGAAUUCUGGCACCGCCUACAAUCGGCAGUCAUUCAACUUUAAGCCUAUGACGACCAUCAAUGAGCUGUCGUCACGCGUCUGGGAGAGUCAAACUAUCAAUGAGGAUGUAGCUAGCAGCAAAAGCGAUGCUAACUGCUGUAAACCGAAGAAAAAGAAACCGAAGCCGACCAUGUCGAUGCCCACAUUGGAGCUAGAUCCGGCCCAACUAUGCAAGCGAGAGAAUAUCUAUGCCACGCCUUUCUAUCGACAGCUGAACAUACUGCUGCUGCGCACCUUUCUGCUCAUCUGGCGCGACAGUUCGUUGACCACGAUGCGUUUCGCCAUACACUUGAUGAUCGGACUUCUAAUUGGCUUUCUGUACUAUGGCAUUGGCAACGAUGCCAAUAAUUCUAUGAACAAUUUUCGUUAUGUCUUCUAUACCAUUAUGUUCAUCAUGUAUUGCGCUUUCUCUGGCAUUCUGGUCAAGUUUCCUCUGGAAUUUCCGAUUGUUUCGCGUGAGCAUUUCAAUCGUUGGUACUCGCUGCGUGCCUAUUAUGUGGCCAUCACGCUAGCCGAUCUGCCCAUACAGAUCAUCUGCAGUUCCCUGUUUAUAGUGCCCACUUAUCUGAUGACACGCCAGCCGCUGGAGCCGUGGCGCUUUGGCAUGUUCUUCUUGAUUGUGUUUAUGACGGCGCUGGUGGCCCAGAGCAUUGGACUGACCGUGGGCGCGGCUUUGAAUUUGAAUCUUGGCGCGAUACUGGGACCAUUUUUUAUCUGUCCAUUUCUGGCAUUCAGCGGCUUCUUUCUGCAGGAGAAGGAUGCGCCCGUUUAUUUGCGCUGGUUCUUUGAUGUCUCGUUUCUAAAAUAUAGUCUAGAUGGUGCUAUGCUCGCCCUAUUUGGCUACGAUAGACAGCGUUUGGAGUGCAACGAGAUGUACUGUCAUCUGUCGCGACCCAAGUUUAUACUCAAGAAUCUGGACAUGGAGCAUGCCAACUAUCAGCUGGCCAUAUUUUUUAUGCUCGGCCUGCUGAUCAUGCUGCGUAUUUUAGCCUUCUAUAUUAUGUCCUUCAGACUCAGAUUGUUCAGAUGAUACGAUAAUGUGCUGAACUCACAUUCCGUUCACAGUUGAUAGAGUUUGUUUUACAUAUGUUUUUUAUGUUUUACCAGAUAUAUAUUUCAUAUAUAUUUAUAUAUGUAUGCAUGUAUAGAGUUGAGCAACUGCGAGUAUAUUUAUGAUUUCUUUUAGCAUUUAAUUGAGUGAACCAUGUGCCAAAGAAUUGAACAGCGUUUAGCAUAAGGAGAAAUCGUGAUAUACAUACUUAUCUUAUCUAAUUGCAGCAAAUAAUAUUUACCCAAUACAUAACACCAAUUCACA